AUGGAUCCCCUAAUCUUGAUGGAGAUGUGGAUGUCGUCGAGGACUGUUGUCGAGCCGGAGCGGGCCCCUCGUCGCUUCAAGCACCGCCGCGCCGGCGGGGACCGCCUCCGCCAAUCGAUGGCAGCAGCAGCGGCCCCGGCCCCGCCCGCCCGCCCGGCCGUUCCUCCGCCCGAUCACUCCAACAACCCUCUGCUCCAGACCGCCAAGCCCCAUGCAAAGCUCCCCUUCCUGGACCGACAGGCAAAGGCCUCGGCCUACCACGACUUGCGCGCGAAGGCCCUCGCUCGGCCCACGGCCCACCCCACCGGGCCGCGCCACCCCCGCGUCUACACCCUCAUCGGCCGAGGCAACCUUCCUCGCCCGUCCCAAAGAGGCACCCCUUCCGCUCCACCUCCCGCUUCCCUUGGAGUACUUACUCGCAAGGCCCCGCCUCGUCUCCUCCCUGCCCCAGCUCCUGCUAGUGAGGCCGGACCAUCACGGCGAGAGAGGACUCAAGGCCGGACGGACCCGUACCCCUCCCACAGGCCUAACCGGGGAGCCUGA